AAAGAAAUAAAGUUGAUAGAGAUAAUUUUGUUAUACGAAUGUCUCAAUAUACACCAAGUCAAUUAGUUUUUUCAGAUAAAUCGGCAUAUGAUCGAAGAACUUUAUCACGACGUUAUGGUUGGAGCUUUUCAGGACUACGUGCUCAAAAAUAUACUUUCUUUGUUAGAGGGAAACGAUUUACUAUUGAAGGUGCUUUAUGUAUUAAUGGUCUUUUGGCCUAUAGUAUUCAAGAAGGUUCUAUGAAUACUAAAGAUUAUAAUGAUUUUAUUGAACAUGUUUUAAUUGAACAAACCUUUUUUUAUAUAAAAAAUUAUUUACGACAAAAUAAGAUUUGGGCUGAAUCAAUGCCUAAUCCUUUAGAAGUUUUAGAUCUUACUUGUAUGAUGAUUAAUAAAAAAUUAGCAUAUGCAUGUUAUCAAUAUUCUGGUUAUAUACAUUAA